AUGGUUACAGUUGGGUAUGGAGACAUUGCACCUACUAACACAGAAGAAAAAAUAAUGUGUUCUAUCUUAAUAGUGCUCCUUUGUGGUAUUUAUGGUUACUCUCUCAAUCAAAUUGGUGUCAUUUUCAAUGAACUCAAUAAAAAUAGCAUAUCGAUUUAACAAAAAAAAAUAUAUAUAAACAAAUUUAUGCUAAGGAAGAAUGUGAGUGAAAAUUUGUAAAACAGAAUUAGAGAGUAUUUAGAUUACUAUUGGGAGAAGAAAUUUGAUGACGAUACACAGGAAGAGGGAUUGAAAAUUAUUUAAUCAUUAAAUUCUAACUUGAAAAAAUAGUUAAUUUAUGAAAGUAAUAACUUAGUGAUUCGAGAUUCUCCAAUAUUCGCUUAAAAUUUUAGUCCUUAAUUACUCAGUAAAUUAACAUAAAUUAUAACUGAGUAGAAGUAUAUGCCAGAGGAGAUUAUUUACGAAAAAGAUAGCUCAGAUCUAAAUUCGAUAUUUUUUAUAGAGCAAGGCGAAGUUUAAAUAAUUAACAAUGGCAAGAAUAAAGUGAAUGUGAUUAAUGAGUUGACAAAAGGAUAAAAUUUUGGUUACUACUCGUUCUUUACUGGCUAGCCAAGAGAAUUUACGACAAGAAGCAAAAGUUUUUCUGCUGUGCUAAAAAUUGACUUAAAACCUUUUUUAGAGUUACUAAAAGAAUUCGAAGAUGACUUAGAAAAAUAUUAUUAUAUUAGAGAUCUCAUUAACUAUAACAGUCAAUAUGAUUUAAUUAAUUAGUAUUGCUCGGAGUGCCACUAGAGCAGUCAUUAAAUUAAUAAUUGCCCAAAAAUACAUUAUUGUUGUGAUAGAAUACAACUUGUAAAAAAUGAGUAUUCUCUAAGUAGCUUGCAAAUAGAUAGAGACCCAACCUUCAAAAGAUAAUCUCAAAAAAAAACAGGAUAUAAAUAAUAAAUUAUAAGGCUAUUGGACAAAUACAUAGAUUUUGCUGUUACUUUUGAUGUAACUCUUAACGAAUAUGAAGAUAAAUUCUUGUAGUCAUACUAUGACAAAAUGGAAAUGUAGACUCCAGUGAAUGCUGAAGCGGAAUAAAAUUAAAAGAAAGAUUUUAUACAAUUCAUAUCUUAAAUAGCUGAAGAUCAACCUACAGAAGUCUUUUCAAUUAACUUCGAUAAUAACGAAAAGAAAAAACAGUACUUGAGUUAGCAUACAUUAACAUAAAUCUAAUAAGAUGAACAUUCUAAAAAAUAAUAGUAAACACUUCUUGAAAAAUCAGUUAACUUUGAUGAAACAUCAAUAGGCGAUAAUUUAAGAGCUAGAGUGAAUUCAGGGAAUGUUUCUCAAAGCAGCUAUAACAACUUAUAAUCAAAUAAAGAUCCAAACUCAAAUAUUAAUUUAGCAUUGAAACUAAAUUAGUAUUUUUUCUAAAAUACAGACGAAUCUCCAUCAGAAAAUAAUUAAUUAUUGAGAUUGUAAAGCCUAGUUAGAAAUUUUGAAGAUUUACAGAUACCUUUACUAGAAACUCCAGUUUCAAGAUUUAGUAAACUAAAUAUUAAGAGAGAGAAAUCUUUAAAGUCAUUUUAAAGGAUGAUAAGUGAGAGUUUAAGUAUAAAAAGUAAGUUAAAAAAUGAUGAGAAAAUAGAGAGUGAAAAAUAAAAAAAUUUAGAAAAAUCAAUUUAAAAUGAUUAUUCAAAUAUAGAUACUGAAAUCAUCAACCCAUUGGAUGAAAGUGUAAAUUAUAGCUAAGUUAGUCGAAGAAAGCUACUUAAGUUAGAAUAUGAUACAAUGAAGAUUAUGAAGGUUUAUUUUAUUAGAGAUAACUAUCCUAGCAUUAUAUAAAAGUUCAACCUCACAAAUCGGUAUUACAGUUAUUAAAUAAAAAAUAAAUCUCAAAUCAAAAUGUCAUCAAACGAGUAAAAUUCUAAAUUUGAUAAUUUAAUUGAUUAAGGCGAAAGAUAAUUCUAAGAAAACACAUUUAUUUCUUCCUAAAAAGAAAAUUAAAAUGAAUUUGCUGAACCAAAUAGUGGUAUGAAGAUUCUUUCAGGAUCUCGAUUAUUCAGAUAAUCUACAAUCAAUAUAAUCUAAUAAACCAAUAAUAAUAAAAGCAAAGCAAGAAGCAUAUUCAGAAAAUUUAUUUAUGAAAACAGACGAAGUUAAAGCAAUAACACAUCUUUUCAUUCAAGUUAGAAUGAAAGCGAAAACAAUAAAGGUGAAGAUUAAGACAGUGUUUUUAAAAGAAAAUCAAUCUUUAAAUACCCAAAUUAAAAUAAAAUUUAAAGUAUUUUAAUCACUUAAAACUCUAACCAAAUAUAAGAUAUCGAUAAUAUAAGCGUAAAUGAUAACAAUGAACAAAAAUCUAUAUUCUAUUAAUAAGGCAAAGAUUAAGAUUAAUAAAGCGAAAUAUAAGAUGAGUCCAAAAUCAACUUUUUCCCCAAUUAAUAAAUUUAAAAUAAAAUGAUUUUAGACUCUUCGUCUAUUUUCUCAGCAAGAACAAUUUAAAACGAAGCUCAACAAUCUUAAAGAACAGAGAUAAAUAGGCAAAGUGAUGAUACUUCUAAGUAAGAAUCUGAUAUUAAGAUUUUGAAAGACGAUAAGACUUCUUAGAGAAUAUUAUGCAAAUUCGACUCUUUUUCUGAUUUAUGA